AGAAAAAAAAACUCGUGCUAAAGAAGAGAGAGACACUUCUAUAGUUCCGUAGUUUCUCAGCGUUUCCUCUCUGACCUUCGUCCAACCACGCUGAACGAGUGAACUCGCUCCACUUGCGUUACGACACUCGGAAAUCGGAAUUCCCUCCUGCAGAUCGGCGCCGGAAACUCAGCCGGGCUCGGCAAUUUGUUUCCUCUUUAAUCUAUUCCUUCCGCCGCAAUGCCGAUUUCAUCCAGCAAACUCAAAUCCGUUGAUUUUUACAGGAAAAUUCCGAGAGAUCUGACAGAGGCGUCGUUAUCAGGUGCUGGGCUAUCCCUUCUUGCAGCCUUUUGCAUGAUCCUCUUAUUUGGGAUGGAACUGCAUCAUUACUUGUCUGUGAGCACCACAACAUCAGUAGUUGUUGACAGAAGUGCUGACGGGGACUUUUUACGAAUUGAUUUUAACAUCAGUUUUCCUGCACUGUCUUGUGAAUUUGCAUCUGUGGAUGUGAGUGAUGUCCUUGGAACGAAUAGGUUGAAUAUCACAAAAACAGUGCGCAAAUAUGCAAUAGAUUCACACUUAAGGCCUACUGGAUCUGAAUUUCGAUCUGGAGCAAUUGAAAAUACUAUUAAGCAUGACGAUGAAGUAGAUGAGGAGCAUGCUGAAGGUUCUGUAACAUUAACUGGACGUAACUUUGAUAGAGUAUCACACCAGUAUCCAAUUUUGGCUGUGAACUUCUAUGCUCCUUGGUGCUAUUGGAGUAAUCGAUUGAAACCUUCCUGGGAGAAAGCAGCCAAUAUACUAAAGGAAAGAUAUGACCCAGAAAUGGAUGGGCGGAUUCUUUUGGGAAAAGUUGAUUGUACUAAAGAAAUUGACUUGUGUAGAAGAAACCACAUACAAGGUUAUCCAUCUAUUCGGAUCUUCAGGAAGGGAAGUGAUGUUAGAGAUGAUCAUGGACACCACGAUCAUGAGUCUUACUAUGGUGACCGAGAUACAAACAGCCUCGUGACGACAAUGGAAGAACUGGUUGCUCCUAUUUCGUUGGAAUCUAAGGUUACUUCCGAGAGUAAGUCCGACAAUGUGACAGAAGGUAAAAAACAACCUGCACCAGCAACAGGUGGAUGCAGGCUUGAAGGGUUUGUGCGUGUUAAGAAGGUUCCUGGAAAUCUUGUCAUAUCAGCUCGUUCAGCAGCUCAUUCGUUUGAUGCUUCUCAGAUGAACAUGUCACAUGUAAUUUCCCGUUUUUCGUUUGGCAAGAUGUUAACUCCGCGGGUGGCAAGUGAUAUGAAGAGGUUAAUACCAUACAUAGGUCAAAGCUAUGACAAGUUGAGUGGCAACACAUACAUUACUUUCCCAGAGAAGCCCAGCGAAAAUGUCACUAUCGAGCAUUACAUUCAAGUAGUGAAAACCGAGGUGAUGACAAGAUCCUAUAAAUUAGUGGAGGAGUAUGAGUACACUGCUCAUAGUAGUUUGGUACACAGCCUUUCUAUACCGGUGGCAAAGUUUCAUUUUGAGCCAUCAGCGUUGCAGGUCCUCAUAACAGAAAACGUAAAUUCGUUUUCGCACUUCCUCACAAAUGUCUGUGCCAUCAUCGGAGGUGUUUUUACGGUAGCUGGCAUUUUGGAUUCCAUUUUGCACAAUACUAUGAGACUGGUGAAAAAAGUUGACCUCGGAAAGAAUUUUUGAUAAACAGUUCAUUAAUAUCUAUAGAACUUUUUUUUAUAAUUAAUUUAUUUAAGAUAAUAUAAACUGUCUUUAGACCAAGCAUAGCAUAGCAUAGGAAUCUUGACUUCUUUUUAUGGAACGUCUGUUUUGAUUUUGGUCUCGGGGAAACCUUGAUCAUUUCUUCAUUCACUCUUUAAUUAAAUGGCUAAAUCUACU